CAUUCUGCAGCCGGUGCCCGAUAAGCCAUACACCCACCCAGCACCCGGUUGGUGAGCCGGAUCCGUGCCCACCACCGGCGCGCUCCGUGCUGCUGCCUCCGUGCCCAGCAGCGUGAAGGAAGCGUGGCAGCUUUGCUGAGGCUGUGGCUCCUGGCUGGCCUGCCGCUGCGUGCUCCAACCCCUGCCUUUUGCCAGGGGCCCGGGCCGCCCGGCACCACUGGAUAUAAGGCAUGCUCAAGCAGCGUCCCCAUGAAAUUUGCUUGCAAACUUGUUCCCCACCUCUGGGAAAGGUGGGAGCGGGAGAGACCCCAGCCUUGGUUGGAGGGAUCCCAACCGAGAGCAGGCCAGGGGGAAAGGAAAUCUCCCUGGUUCCUCAAGCCAUCUCCAUCACCCUCAUUUGCUUUCUGGACACAGAGACCAUUAGGGAUUUAGCCAUUCUUUGUAGAUAGAAUAUAUAGCCUUAACUCUGCCAAUAGAUAGAUUAGAGUCUUCUGGGGUCUCCCUGGUACGCGACUUAGGGUUUUUAUUCUCAUUUCCUCAGUGUGGAUGCCAUUUCAUCUUGCAGGCAGUAUUACCAAAGCCCCCAAAACUGCAGGAGGUUCGGUUCCAGGAGCACUGCCUUGCCGACACAGCCUGCGGCUCCAACCCAGGCCUGUCCCUGACAGAAGGGCUGCCAGCAGCCAUGCAACAGCACCAGUAAGGCAGUGACACAGCUCCACUGGUUCCCACACCUGCCACCAGAGCUGGCCGUGUCCUUGUGCCACUUGGCUCUAAGCCCAGAGCAAGGGCAGAGGUCUCUCCUGCCACAGGCUGUCCCCAUCCUAUCCCCAACCAAGCAUACACGAGUAACCCUGGCCGAGACUGAGCAUCUGCUAUUGGCAAUUGCCUCAUUGUAGCUUUGCCUUUUUCUGUCCUAGUAUUUCCUCACAACAAUGAUGUUUACAUGUGAUUGCUAUAGAGCUUAUGUAGAAUGUAUAUAGCGACACAUUUAGGGUGGGUAGUACUGUCCUGUGCUGUGCUGAUGUUUUUCAGAAAACGAUCAAUCCAAAAAAAAGAGAAAAACAAAAAAAAAGGCCAAGUGGAAUUCUUCCAUCUCCUCCUUGCUCAGCCAUGGGAGCGAGCCCUGGGCUGCUCUCAGCUGGAGGAUGCAUCAAGCCUGGCAGAGGGGAAGGGUAAGCACAGUGGGGCUGCUGGGUCCUCGAGGACCCCCCUGGGGCAGCCUCCAGGUGCACUGCCAGCCUUGGUUUCUGUGAGCCCCCAAAAACAUCCAAAAUUUGAUGUUGCUUUCCUGCGGCUUCCUGUGCCAUCGCAGCACUUCUGCACAGAGGCACGGUGCUCCCUGCAAAUGGGAACUUUGUAACGCACAGAGCCAAUCAGUACUGCAGUCGUAGGAUAGGAAGAGAUGCAAUAAGUGGUCUUUGUGUUGCCUGAAGCCUAUAAGUGGAUUUUUUGUUGAGGUUUGGGGGUUUUCGGUUCUUUUUCCCCCUCCCUUGAAUUUGGACGGCUCAUUGUCCCUCUCCCCUUGAGAAUCGUCUCCUGCACUGAUGCAAUACGCACACAGGUGCUCAGGCACCCUCCUCGCCAGCCCCCAUGCCUCCCCCCAGGUUAGGAUUUGGUGAGCGCAGAGCGUUUCAGCCUGAGAAGCACAGGUGUGGCUGCCUGCCGGCUGGGUUUAGAAUCUCUCAAGCAGGGGUAGUGGUGAAAAAUAAGUUUCCACUGGAGUUUUAUUUUUUUAACGGAAAGGUUUUGUUUGCUCACAGCGCCCAGGGGUGAGGAGGGGCCAAGGAGAGCUCGCUCCAUUCAGGGACUGAGGCUGCUCUGGGUGCAGGGAAGGGCCCUCGCGCCCCUCACCGCUGGGGCACAGCCCAGAGAAACUGGGAGCAAAGGGUAUAUUAAGGUAGGCAAUAAGUAAGGAGGAGAUCUAUUUUUCUAAGAAGUAUAUAGCUCUAGAAUGCCCCCUGAUAGCUGCCUGUGAGUACUGUGGGGAGAUACUAAACGUGAAGAGUUUGAUGAUGAAAUGCCGUUUCGCUGUUUUUGCACAGAUCUGCCCCAUAAAAUCUUGCUGUUCAGGAUGGGAUACCAGGUUUCCUGGCUGGAAUCCAGCAGGUUCCUGGGGCUCCACAGGAGAGGAGCCGAUGUUUCUGAGUCUGGGCUGAAUGCAGAGGACAAUCCCAGGUGUUAGGUUUGAUGCUGCCCCAAAGAUGAGGUUCACCGCGACUCCUUGUCAGCACAGCUCGCUGGGCUGCGCGCCUUCCCCACAGGAGCAGCAGCUCAGGCGCUGCAGUGCAGGCCGAGUGUCUGACUUCAGCGCUGGUCCAUGCGGAGCUGCAUUACAGACCAGCGUUUGGAUUGUUUUGAAUCGUAUUCUUUCUUUUUGGCAUUGUGCUGGAUGACGAACUCCAUCGUUGUUCGUAGCUGAGCCCUGAAGCCCCUUCUGUUCUAUCUCCAUCUGUCCCAGCAAUCUCAAGCAAUAUGAACCAAACUCAGCCUUCAGGCUCCAUUCCUCAUCCCCGGAGCCGUCGCAGCGCGGCACCGCCAACACCGCGUGGCCGGGGGCUGAAUGCAUGUGAGAGAGAGGAAGGUGAAAGCGAUGCAUUUCUCAAGAAAGGUGUAAGAAUUUCACCUAAAAAGGGGCACAUCUGCUUUGUUAUUUAUAAUAAAAGCUAAUUUUUUUUUUUUAAUUAACUAAAAGGACACUGCUGAUAAUUAUUAGGGGCCAGUUCUGCCCCCUUCCUCGUGCUGAGUAAGUACUGCUUAACUCUGUGAUUUUCUGCUUGCAGAGUAAGUCGGAGUGGCAGAGUUGAUCCCUCUGUGAUUAAGAAUCAAGUUUUUAGUCUGAUUUUUUUUAAUUGGUAGCGGUUUUUUAUAUUUCACUUUUUUGUUCCCCCCCCCCCCCCCCCAGUUCCGUUCCGUUGUGUCCUUAUUUAUGUAAUAUACUUUAACCUUAAAAGAUGGCAUGGAUUCCUAUGCCUUUCCUUUAUUAUUAUUAUUGUUAUUAUUUUUAAACAGAGAUUUAUUUCUAGUGUGAUUUAACUGUCUACCUUCUAAAACGAGAGAACGUUUUCUUGUAUUUUUACAUUGUCAGAUUCUAUAGUUUCAUAGAUAAUUUAACCAAAUCGCUCGAUGUAUUAUCUAUAUCUAUCCAGUGGGUAUAAAAGUUCUAUUUUAAAUUGUGUAAAUACUUCAGAACUGGCUUCUUUUUCCAGACUCCCCUGCUGCGGAGUUACUUGUUUACAUCACAAAGACUGUAGAAUCUCUACGCUCAUGUACUGUAAAUAGUGAAGUGAUCUGCCUAUAAAUAAACGAUAACAUAUAUACUACAAACUGGGAAACAAACCGAUCACGAGCAGUGAGUCUGUGCUGCUGGUAUGUCAGGGUACCAAGCAGGCGUUCCGUGCAGCAGGAUGUGGCAGUAGGCUGGUGUGCACUGGCCUGGCUGUGGGGACGUGGGGUUGUGUACAAACUCCAAAAGUUACACUCAUCCAUUUGAGAAAAAAACAACAGAAACAAAAAAUUACAACAAAACCAGCACAAUGGUUUGCUAUUUUGGCAUAGCUUUCUGGUAAACCAACUUCUUCUCACACACCUGGGAAUGCAUUUGUAGCUUCAGUGCCUGCUCUAUCAGUCAGGCAAAACCAGACAGCAGGCACAGCUUGCCCUGUGGGAGGGAGAGGGGCCAGUGACUGGCUGUUGUGCACGGGGACAGCCUCUGAUGCUGACCUUGGCUGGCUGGAAUCAACGAGGGCAGCAUCUUCAGCAUCUUCUGAACACCUGACCUUGAGCAGGGCUGGCUGUGCUCUGAGCUCCCAGCCCUGCAGGGGAACUCAGCGCUGGCACUGUAAGGUUCCGGUCGGGGCUCUGGAGCCCACAUUUGCCCACUUGGGAUUUCUCCAUCUUGACUUGGCCAGAUCUGAUGUGUGUCUUUAGAGGGAAGGCUGGGGAAGGCUUUGGUGUUUUUUUUGCCUCUUGUCAGCUCAGGGACCUCUGCCUUACUCUCCCAGUGUCACUGACCUCUGCCAGCAGCUGCUGCCUGUCUCGCCCAUCUUGAUGUUCUUUGCCCUGCCAAACUUUGCUCUCUCUGUACACCAGCUGUGGAUGCUGUCUAUACUCACUAUGAGCUUUUAGGGGCUGGUGGAGAGCUUGCUCUAGAUGCUGCUCCUUGUGGGUUCACAGUCUGUUCCUUCUUUCUCUCCCCCUCAGUCCUUGGCUGGAUACAUUUUAGUUUUUCAUAUACCAUCUCUACCUCCAAGUACCUCUUCAAACUCACACUUGGAGCCCUCACACUUCUCAGCAGCCUCCUGCAGGUAAGAAGAUACCAUUUCCCAACCAAUCCCUCUCCUCAAAUGCCCACCUCAGUGCUGGGUGGGGGUGAGGCUGCUGUGCCUCAGGCUCUUGUUGCCUGCAUGGCACAGUGGGCUACACCCAGUGUUGGCUGAGCAGACCCUUAAGGAGCCAUGCAGCAGGAGCACAUCUGCCCUGGGCGAGCCACAGCAGCUCAGCAGCAGCUGCAGUGGGUGAGGUGCAGGCAGAGCACUCUUGCAAAUGUGCUGGGGCUCUCUGCUUGUCUGAGCAUCUCUGCUUCCCUUUCAGUUUGACAUCCACAAGGACCCACAUGUGCAGAGCACUGAAGAAAUGGCACAGGAUGCUGAGCGGAGCCGUGUGGGGAUCUGUCCUCCACCAGCCUGUGGGGCAGCAAAAGGAUCUCCCCACUGCCUUCACAACAACGAUCGUUUUAGAGGGAAACUAUCUCCACUGCAGCAGUGCACGUGUCCUGGGUGUAAUCCUCCCAAAAAAGGAGCACGAGGUGCCCCGGGCUCACAGCAGUACCCUGGAGCACAAAGGAUUUACUGCCCAUGCAGAACACACUGCUCCAGGGCGCAGAGAGGAACUACAUUUGCCUAUACCGUGCCACACUCCAACCAUGAUUUGUAUCUGCUCACGUUGAUUUGUAUCACAAGGAGUCUUCAUUUCAGUGAGUUUGCAAAAUAUCAGCAUCUGCCCGGAGAGAGGCAGUGCAAGGAUUCAGCUCACUGCUGCUGCGUGGGCAGUGAAAGCCUGUGUUCUCAUCACCAACAUCUCCAUCCCUCACUGCGAGCCACUCAUUUCAGGUCCAGGCAGGAACUCAGCUGUCCAAGGAGAACAGAGAACCCGUGCUCCCUACAGGUUGGCAGGGGAAGGCACUGCAGCAACGAAGUGCCUGGACCAGAAGCAUUCCUCCCAUGGCCAGCCUGGCUCCGGUUGGUACACGUGGCUGUUCUGAGGGACACACAAGACGUGGGGAUGGGCUGUUGCUGCCAUGCCAAGGAGAACAGAGGCCAAAGAAGAAUUGAAAAGCCUGUUUGGCUGAAGCAGCACACUGUUGUGCCAUGCGGGUCACCAUGCAGACAGCCCAGGAGAUAACAGCAAAUUAUUUACAGUGGUCAUUACCUGCAGCUUCCAGAACCUUCUGGCUAUCUAAACUCCUGAAGAAAAUUAGGGAGAUUAAUUCUUUCUUCAGUGAAAAGAUUAAUAACUCUAAUUAAUUGAGGGUAAGAAAACCAUAUUUCAGGACAGUGCUGAAAAAAUAAACUAUAAACCCUACAGAGGAGCAAAAAGUAAUGAUAAAGGACCCUGAGCUUUUGGGAAUGACAAGAAUACAGAAGUGGGCCAAGGUCACAAGAAAGCUUGGGGAGCAUGCAGUGGGCUGAUACGGAGGGAAGAAUUGCACCCAUCCGCACCAGCUGCAGUGCAUGAAACAGGACUGGGAGUUGAAUAUCAUCAGGAAGAGGUUUGUGUGAUAAAUUCCUGUAAAAUAAGCACCUACUGCUCCUUUGGGCAUUUAACUGAGCACAGCACACUUGCCCAGACGCUCUGCACCAGCCCCUGCAGACAGGUUGCAGUGAGGGCUGUGCCACCAGGGGCUGCAGGGACAGUUUGUGCUCGGACAUUGCUACUGACCAUGGCCAACAGCUUCUGGUAAGACAGGAAGGGGGGAGUCUUGACUGUUUCAGGCAGCUGUGGGCUACAUGGAGAAACAAUACUAGGAAAGAGAAAGGGAAAGCAUGUGACAGAAGGGUAAUUUCUGCACAUGUGUAAAUCAAACCAAUUAAAAGCAGCUAGAACCAGGUUCUAACGUGAUUUUCAGCUUUAGAACAGAGUUGAUUGGAAAGCUCCUUUUUCUCCAAACCAUAAUUUUAUUCUUUUUUUUUUUUUUUUUUUUUGGAGAGAAGGUUGUUGCAAAACACCAGGAUCUCAUGGGCCAUUGCAGGUUUUUUAAGCAGGAAGUCAAUCUAACUUCAAAUUUGAUGCUCCAUUCCCUGAGAUACUUCUUCCUCUUAUCUAUCUCCUCUUUAAGAGAAGCCAGUGACUGGCUGUUGUGCACAGGGGCAUCUUCUGAUGCUGACCUUGGCUAGCUGGCACCUGCCCAAUGAGGGACAGCAUCUUCAGCAUUUUCCAAAUGCCUGACCAUGAGCAGCAUCCCUCUCACAGGAUGUCAGCUCCAUGUCAGAGCUCUGAGAAUGGUUGUGUGACAGCAAAUACAUGCUUUGAAAAUGUCUUUGGUGCUGCCCUGUUGUAUGAGCCACGUUUGCUGGAGUGACCUCAGAUGUGCCAAAGGGAAAGGUUCAUGAAUGCAGGAGCCAGGUGCUUGUGUCCAGAGUGGAGGAGUGCAGCAGUGCUGUUAGUGGGAAGGCAGAGGCUGUUGUUGAGAGGAGCAGAGAGCAACUUCUUCAGUGAGAUGAAGGCAGAGAGGAAACAAACAUUGCAGGAGCAAUAGGUGCACUGAGUUGGAGGACUGUUUGUGGUAAUGAUCAAAUCCCAGCCAACCUCAAUCUUGUAGGUGCAGUAUUUGCUGCUCCACUUGGAUAUAUAUAAGACCAUAGGACCCCAUGGCAUUCAUCCCAGGGUAUUCAGAGAGCUGGCCAGUGUCAUUGCAAGACCUCUCUCAAUGAUUUUUCAAUGGUCUUUAGAGAAGUCCCAGGUGAUGGGAAGCUGUCAAACUCUCCAGUAUUCAAGAAGACCUAGACAGAAGACCCUGGUAGUUACAGGCCUGUCAGUCUCACUUCAGUGAUAACCAGGGUAAAAUUAUGAACAAAAUUAUGCUGGGAGUUACUGAAAAACACUUGCAGGACAAUGUGGUCAUUGGUCACAGCCAACACAGGUUCCUAAGGGAAAGGUCCUGUUUAUCUAACUUAAUUUCCUAUUAUGACAAGGCCAUCCACCUAGAUGAGGAAAGGAAGUCAGCUGAUGUUAUCCUUUUGGAUUUCAGUAAAACUUUUCACACUGUUUCUCACAGUAUCCUUCUGGAACAGCUGUCCAGCAUACAGUUAGACAAAAACACCAGGGUCACUUCCAACUCAGGAUCUUCUACAUAUGAUAUCUACAUGACUCUAUGAUUCCAUUCUUUGUACAUGUCCUAUUUUUCUCCCUGUUCUUACAUCUGCUCCAGGACCUUUCAGCACACCCAUAGGAGCAGAGGAGCGGCUCAGCCCCAGGCAUUGCCACCUGUCAGCAUCAGACCACCAGAGCUGGGUACGGCCUGAAGGCCUGCACAGAAAUGCAGAGAGAACAGAGGGAAGCGGCUCUUAAAUAAGGAGGAACAAAGGUCUGACUCAAAUGCUGAGGGAAGGUGAGAACUUGGGCAGUGCUGGAGCAGGGAGAAAGUGACACGGGGCCAUGCUUUGAGGAUGGAGGGCCCCAGAGGUCAUCUCAAGAAAUUUCUAGAAAGGACCGACAGAAAGAAAAGUGAAACCGGCUACAGAUGGAAGCCGAGGGCCGCACCUCUCAGCCGCCGCUCUUCCCGUUCAAGGAGGGCUGCCUACUUGCUGCGCUCAGCUCCGGCUGCGGCUCUGGGGAUCCCCAGGGGGCCGGGCGGCCCCGGCAGUGCAGGAAGGAGAGCCGUAAGCCGAGGGGGCACCGCGCCCUCGCGGGAAGUGCCGGCAGUUCCCAGUCCCCGCCCAGCCAGCUCAGCGCCGCGGCUCUUUUCGGCCCGGCCUUCGCCCUGUUGAAUCGUGCGUUUGCAGACGCCAUGGCGGAGCCGGGGGUGCUGAAGGCGUUACAGGAGGAGCUGAUCUGCUCCGUCUGCCUGGACGUUUACAGGAACCCUGUGUCCCUCAGCUGUGGCCACAGCUUCUGCGAGGAGUGCAUCCAGGGGCUGCUUCGCAGUCAGCGUUGCCCGCAGGGCCUCGUCAGCUGCCCGCUGUGCAGCGCCCAGGAAGCCCUUCCUACGAAGCUGCAGCCCAACAUCCAGCUCCGCAGCGUAGUGCAGAAGUUUUUGGACACCAGUGAGCAAAAUGCCGCUCUUGAAGAGAAACUAAAACGUGAAGUGGAAUGUGGAGAGAAGGGAGAAAGUUCGGACCUGCAUGAUGAGGAGAUCAUGUGUGAUUUCUGCCUUGAGAAGCCUCAGCCAGCAGUGAAGACGUGCAUGAACUGCGAGACCUCCCUGUGCCAGGCCCACCUGGGCAAGCACAGCACAAAGGCUUUCCUGACAAGCCACGUCCUGGUGGAGCCCUGUGAUGCUCGUGUUUUGGCAGAGAGGAGAUGCGCCCAGCAUGGCAAGCUGCUGGAAUGCUACUGUGUGACGGACUCGGUCUGUGUCUGCAUGCUGUGCUGUGCCACCAGCUCCCACAGGAGCCAUGAAAUCAUCAGUGUGGAAGAGGCUUUUGGCCAAGCACAGAGUGAUUUCCCUAAAGCUGUGCAAAUACUGAAAAAACAUGAAUAUGCAGUGAAUAAAAGCUUGGAAAAUCUGCUGUCACAACAGGAGAAGAUAAAGGCAUUGGAAAGAUUGCACAGGAAUCAUGUGGAGCACUCCUUCAGGUUGAUUUGUGAGCAGCUGGAUAGAAGCAAAACAGAGAUCCUGGGAGCCAUCAGUGACAUUGAGGAGCAACAGCUUUCUCAGAUUGAGCCGUGGAUAAAAGACCACAAAGAGAUGAAGGAUGCCGCCAGCCGCAGUGUGCAGGAGUUGAAGGCUCUGAGGGAUCAGAAGGAUCCCGUACUCUUCCUUAAGGGUUUGUCAGCAAUACAAGCCAGGAAGAGGAAACAAGUUCCUAAUAAAGAUGGCACAGAACUGGCAGAGCAGCUCACUAUUAUGGAUGAAUCAAUGAAGAACAUCAUUCAAGAGCAUUUCCAGCCUUAUGACCACUUAAUCUUGGAUGCAGAGUCCUCAAUGGAAUCAUCAUUUGCUCAUGAACAUCUGACUUUCAAAUCACGUCAAGCAUGUGGACUACAUGUAGAUGACAAGGUGCUCAGAGUAGCUGGGCCAUCUUACCCAUUUCCUGUGCUAAUUGAAAUGCCGUUCUGGGUGUACAGCACCAGCUGCUUCUCGAGCGGCCAGCACUUCUGGGAGGUGAUCACCCGUGACUCAUUGUGCUGGAAAGUGGGUGUCACUGAUAACAGUUUUCAAUGCUACCUGGAAAUGUUGCCUCAGCAUCAUCUCCGUGUGUUUCUAGAUAAAAGACAGAUUAAAGUCCAUUUACUUAACACAGCCAUCAGAAUGGUCAGGGUACAACUAGACUGCGAAAGAAAGACAGUGUCAUUUUUUGAUGUGUCUGUCAAGGAUUAUUCGGGCUCUUCUAGGAGCUGUGUGCCCAUAGCUGCAGUAAUCAUCCCUGCAAGCUCUCCUGUCUAUGCUAUCUUCAGCAUUUCUCAUGGCUCCCUUUCACUCACAUAGUGACCUGGGGGAAAGGCUGCCUUGCCUUUCUGCACCUUGGUUCUCUAUAUUUUGGGGCUGCAGCUGCACAGACUCUGCCACAUUAGCGCAGUAUAAGCCAGGCUUCAGGCCUGCUCCUGAGCUAUAAUAAGGUCUUUUGCAGCUGUGGGCUGAGUAAGAGAAUGAGAAAAUGAGGCUCUACCAUCAAAUACAUCUCCUCAGGUUUUCAGUACUUCUGUUUCGAGUAUUGUACUUUUGCUGAACUGUAUGGAUUGCUGUGUUGGAUGGAUAUUAUUAAAGUAAUUUUGUUCACAAAA